AUGGAGCCCAUAUAUUUCAGUCACAAAAUUAAAACCGAUGAUUUACCGCCCAAUAGUGUUAUUGUUUCCGAUGUUGGAAAUGUAUGCGAAAUUCGAUGCGCGAUACGCGAAUAUGCGGAAUGCAAUUCCUGGCAUAGUCAUCCAUUGAAUGCGCCAUCCGUAUUAAAGCACUUGUCACCGGAAGAUCCUCUGCGAGCUGAAUUUCACAACUAUUUCGAAAUGAGAAUGAGCGUUACAGCUGCCAGCCACUAUCACGAAAACAAACUUAUGCUCGAAAGCGAAUCUAACGAUAACGCAUUCAAUGAAGAAUAUUGCUUGGAUAAUGCUCGCAUUAAUCCUACAAAACGAACUGUUCAACAUUGGUUUGAUGUAUGGAGGAAAUCACAAUGGGGCUCGAACGAUGGAUCAACUUUGAAAACGAACUUGGAGAAAGCCAUAACUCAUCAUUCAUCUCAGGGCAUUAAAAUUCAAUACUGUGAAGAGCCCUUCACAUUGGUUCUCAUUUCACCAAUGAUGGCUAGAACGCAUGAAUGUGAAUUUUCAAAACGUAUUCUAUUUAUCGAUUCUACAUCAUGCUGUGACAGUGAAAAUUACUCGAUUACGUUUUUAUUAUCAGCAACGCCGGCAGGAGCAGUUCCUUGUGGUGUUUUGAUCACGAAACAACAGACCAUGGAUGCUUUUACAACAGGCUUUACCCUUUUGAAAAACAUGAUGGCAAGUCUUGGCGGCUCUUUUUUCAAACAAGAGUUCCCAAACGUUAUAAUGACAGAUAACUGUGCGGCUGAAAUUGGCGCGGCUAAAAUUGUUUGGCCUGAGAGUAUUUUACUUCUGUGCAUUUUCCAUGUUCUACAAUAUGUCCUGAGAUGGUUACAAGAUGGUUCACAUGGCAUACCGAAAGAUCGUCAAAGGGACUUCAUUUCAUGUUUCCAAACAAUUUUGUAUUGUACUGACGAAAAUGAGGCGGAAAAUGCGUUUAUUGCUGCGUUAGAAAUUGGCCAUGAGUUUCCACAGUGGCAAGAAUACUUAACUCAUCAAUACUCCAUAAAAGAAAAGUGGUGUUUAGCGUUUCGUAAAAUAUUUUGGAUCGAUGCGUUUAUUGCUGCGUUAGAAAUUGGCCAUGAGUUUCCACAGUGGCAAGAAUACUUAACUCAUCAAUACUCCAUAAAAGAAAAGUGGUGUUUAGCGUUUCGUGUUGGAGUUACGAAUCAUCACACCAACAAUUUCGCUGAAAUUUCUAUAAGGAUAUUUAAAGAAAAUAUUUUGGAUCGAGUAAAAGCUUACAAUCUGAUCGCGCUUCUAGAGUUUCUAGCUACAACCCUGGAUACAUUUUACAAGCGAAAAUUGCGCGAAUUCUAUACUUCAAGAGAUCGUAAAAAUGAUCGAUUCCUGCACGUAGUUCUGAAAAGAGCCGAAGGAAUUACACCUGUUAAAAUCGACGAAUUUACUUUCCAUGUGGCAAGUCAAACUGUGCCAGGGACUACGUACACUGUUGAUAGUCGAAGCGGGCUGUGUACUUGUAAAGGUGGUCAAGUUGGUAAAUUCUGUAAGCAUUCAGCAGCUGUUUAUAAUCAUUUCGACGUGGGAUUUAAUCAUAUGCCAUCAGUUACUAUGGAAUGUCGUCGCGAAGUAGCAUAUGUUGCUAUUGGUUCAAAAAUAGACACUCUACCGAAAGAGUAUUUCUUGCCACUUCAUGUGAAUGAGCUUACAGAAAAGGAGAGAGCUUUGAUACGUUCUUCAUUGCCGGAAAGUGAAAGUACAGAAAGCAAUUCUGUUGAAACUAGUGUACUGGUACCACCACCUCAAUCAAUGAACAAUAUCAAUGAAGUUGAUACCAACGAUAAUCGCGAUGUUUUAGCCUCUGAAUCCGAAGCUCAAUCUACCAGUACAUUUUCAGAUUUUCUAAACUUGUUGCAAAAAUUAGAUGAUAAGUUUGGUUCGUCCAAAGAGGGUAUUCGUAAGGCAAUCGCUCGAGCAGGAAAAUGUACAUCGCCUGGACAAUGGGAAACUGCUCUUCAUACAUUCGGUAAAAACAUUCCGCUACGCCGAGCAAUUGGGGCUAAAAUUAAAGUUCAGCCAACUGGUAUACAACGAAGAAGAGGGAAAAUGUCUGCUCGGAAGUCUGAAAAAAAGCAUCGAAUCUCCACACGAAUGUAUGCCUAAUUUUUUAAAGCAUUCAACAUUAUUUUCUUGACUUAACUUUAUACCAAAAUGUUAUAUUUUAUUUGUUGAUUUUGAUCACGUUCGUAAUUAUUUAGUUUAUAUGUAGUAAUUAAUUUGAGUCAUUAUUUUAUGAAAUUUCGUACCUAAGUGAAUGAAGUUACUAUAAUGAGAGCAAAACCAAAAGCUACCAAAAGCAUUAUAACUAUAAAAUAUUUCAUUUUGUUGAUUAAUCUAAGCCACUAAGGCAUUUAUUCGAUAAGUUUUUUUGUUUUUGUACCUUUUGCGUAAUAAAAUAUGGUCGUUUGAUCGUAAAUUGUCUUGUCUGUGUAUUGAAAGUUAGAUGCAGGUUCGAUAGAAAUUGCAAACUUUUAAAAUUUUUUCGAAGUUGAAAAAUGAUAACGAUGAUAAGGAUAAGGAGUUUG